AUGAGCUCGUUGUCGUUUGAUACAUCGUCAUUCUUUGUACAAGGUUUGGCGUCAAGCUUGUCCAAAAGACUAUUGGAUGAACCUGAUAAUUCACUACUAUUAAACGUUGCACCAAGUGGACGGCAAGCAAAGAGAAAUGCUCAACAGAUAAACUACUCAGAAGAGUAUAAUGAUGAUUUUGAUUUCGAGGACAGCCCAUCAUCUAAUCAGACGAAGACCACAAUUACGACUAACCAGCAACAGUCCAAUGUUCAGAAAUCGGCUCCAGCGAGGAAUACUCCAUAUUUCAGAGUUCUAGAUGAUGAACAAAGGUUGAAUGAAUUAGCAUACAAGAAUGACGUUUUAAUUCCAAUUAAAUUGUCUAUUGAAAAUGCAAAUUCAACUCAUAAAUUAGUUGACUUUUUUAUGUGGAAUUUGACUGAAUCACUAAUCACUCCAUACCAGUUUGCAGAUAUAUUAUGCAAUGAUCUAGAAUUACCAAAUUCUAUGAAUCUGCAGAUUGCCGAAUCAAUUGUGCAACAAAUUGAUGACUACAAUUAUGCAUCAAACUUACAACUACCAAGUAAUGUUCCUUGUGUUGUGAUAAUUGACUUGUCGGUUAGUUUAAAUAAGCAUUUGUUCCAAGACAAAUUUGAAUGGGACUUAAACGGCAAUGGGGUUACUCCAGAAGACUUUGCUAGGAUUGUGGUGGCUGACAUGGGUUUCUCUCUCGAGUUCUAUCCAGCCAUUUCACAUGCACUUCAUGAAAUAAUCAUCAGGGUGAAAAAAGAAAUAGUAGAUGGAACGUAUAAUAAUGAAAUUCACAAUUUCCACCAGGUCAGGGGGCUUAUUUUCGAGAGAGGCAUCAGGAUUUUCACAGAAAGUAGCAUUCAAAAUGGGAAUGAUCACUGGGAACCUAUUGUUGAAAUUCUUACUCCUUCAGAGAUCGAAAGAAGAGAAAACGAAAGGAUUCGAAAUUUAAGAAGAUUGAAGAGAGAAAAUAUGAGAAGAGAUUAUGAUGACUUUGGACCAAACAAAAGAAGAAAUGUUACUGUUAGAAGGAAAUUCGAUGAAUUGGAUGGUACCUGGAAAAAUAUGUGA